CCAAACUCUCGUAUAAACUCAACGACCCCCAUUUUCUGUUCUUCACCAUUCAUAAUUUUCUUCCCGUUAAUUCAGAAAAUCUGAUUCGAAACGACUAAAUCUGAUGUUCAGUUUCUUGUUGUAGGGAUUUCUGUUCUUGUUAUUGUUGCAGACAGAUACAGCAAGAGAGAAAAGGAAUUGGAAAUCUUUUUUUGGAGUGAUGGAAAAUCAGAGAACCAGAAAACGUCCACGUCUAUCAUGGGAUGUAGCUCCAACUGAACCAGAGGUCCGUUCGUAAGAAUAUCUCUAAUCAAAGGGGUUUAUUAGGGUUUCGACAUUGGAGUAUUGGGGGGAUGUAAAAGUUUGGGUCUUUUUCAGAAAUUAGGGUUUUGUGAUUGAUGGAAUUUGACUUCUUCUUUUUUAAGUAUGGAUUGCUUGCUGGAUGGAUCUUUGUAGGCUUUUAGGUUGCCGAGGGUAUCUAAUGAGGUUUCCUAUCGACAUGCAUCACCGCCUAGGAGAGAUGAUGAUCGUGAAGGGCAUUAUGUGUUCAAUUAUGGCGAUAAUUUGACUCAAAGAUCAAGCUGCUAGUACUGUAGGCACAUUCGGCCGUGUUUUGGAAUGUUGGGACCGCGAGGAAAAAAGAAUGGUGGCCAUUAAGGUAGUCCGCAGCAUACGCAAAUAUCGAGAUGCAGCAAUGAUUGAAAUCGAUGUGCUUCAGCUUCUUGCCAAACAUGAACUUGGACGCUCCCGCUGCGUGCAAAUCCGUAAUUGGUUUGACUACCGGAAUCACAUUUGCAUUGUGUUUGAGAAGCUUGGACCAAGUUUAUUUGAUUUUCUAAGGAGAAAUAAAUACUGCUCACUUCCUGUGGAUCUUGUCCGAGAGUUCGGGCGUCAGCUUUUGGAAUCUGUAGCAUAUAUGCAUGAUUUGCACAUGAUCCACACUGACUUGAAGCCAGAAAACAUCCUGCUCGUGUCUUCUGAGAGUGUAAAACUCCCAAGCUCCAAGAGGAAUUCUCGUGGGGAGAUUCAGUUCAGGUGCUUGCCGAAGUCAAGUUCUAUAAAGCUGAUUGAUUUUGGUAGUACUGUCUUUGAUAAUAAAGAGCAUACCUCGAUUGUCUCAACAAGGCAUUACCGGGCACCUGAGGUCAUUUUAGGUUUAGGAUGGUCUUUUCCUUGUGAUCUGUGGAGUAUUGGUUGCAUACUUGUCGAGCUGUGUUCGGGAAAUGCAUUGUUUCAGACACAUGAAAAUUUGGAACACUUGGCAAUGAUGGAGAAGGUAUUGGGACCUCUGCCGGAGCAUAUGACUAGAAAGGCUGAUCGUGGUGCGGAAAAAUACUUCAGGACUUCCAGGAGAGGAACUCGAUUGAACUGGCCUGAAGGAGCGGUUUCAAGAGAAAGUAUCAGGGCAGUCAAAAAACUUGACCGGCUGAAGGAUAUAGUUUCUCAGUAUGUAGACUCUUCGUGGAAGUCUUUGUUUACAGACUUAUUGCACCGUCUGUUGGAGUUCAACCCAGCUGAAAGGCUCACUGCCCGUCAAGCCCUUGACCACCUCUUCUUCAGAGAUCAUAUUAUAAAUAGAUGAGAAGCAGAAGUAUUAAAAAGAUCUUCUUCUAGAGCAGAAGUCAGCCCCUUUCUCUUGCUCUCUCUCUAGAGUUGGAGGAACUGCUGCAUCAUUUAUGAUCCGCUUUGUAUGGUUAUAAACUGUUGUAAAUUGUUGCACUGAAAGCAGAUAGAUGCUUUCUGUGGCAGGGGUAAGCAUUAAUCUAUCUAUUUUCAGACUAAUACCAACAAGGAUUUCUACAUUUUCCUUGAUUUAUUGGUGUUCUUAAUGAAACAAAAGAGUAUCUCACCUGCAAGUUUUUUCUC